CUAAGGUUAAACGCACGUACCGUGCCAUCACGCAGCGCGUUACCAUUACGCAGCACUUUUUGAGCCUCGAAUAUUGGGUUGGGUUUUGGACGGAACCAAAAUGGGUGACGCUACUGCCGCAACGAAUCCGCCGGCCACACCACCGGCGUGGCUCAACAACACCUUUCUGGAAACGGUUCUGCGCAAAUCGGAAGGCGAUCGAGAUUUGCACGUUGUCAGCGUGGACAGUACGCCGGUCGGCAAACCGGGCGAAUAUUUGGCCAGUCAACUGUUUCGCCUAACCGUCGCGUACGAGGGACCGAAGCAGAAUGGGACGAAAAAGUUGGUGGUGAAAAUACAGCCCGAAAAGGGCCCGAUUGCCGAUUCGAUGGAUGCCAGUUUGUUUAAGACGGAGCUGAAAAUGUACGGCGAGUUCCUGCCCCAGAUGGAGCGCAUUUUGCGGGAAAACGAACGGCCGCUCCAGCUUCCGAGGUGUGUCCACGUUGGGUCGGUGCCACAGCCAACCAUCAUACUGGAGGAUCUCGCACCGGACGGUUGGAAGGGACACGAUCUGGUCGAAAGCUUCGAGGAAGCGAAACCGAUCACGACGGCGAUCGCACGCUUUCAUGCGGCUUCCUUCUAUCUGAGCAAGAAUAAAACCGACUUUGAAAGCUUCCAAACGGAUGUGUUCGAGAAAAAGCACCCGCUGCUGGAGUGGAUGUUUGGCAAAAAUUUGACCGCCUACAUCGACGCCCUACGCACCUGGCCCGGUUGCGAACAGUUUGUAGCGCCGUUCGAGCGCGCCUCGGCCGACUAUUGCGAUCGGCUGCACAACAUCUACAGCUGCAAAACACCCGGCCGGGUGUACAACGUGCUGAACCAUGGUGAUUUUCAUGCGAAAAAUCUACUGCAUCAGUUCAACGAGGAGGGUGCGAUUGUUGAGUCCCGGUUCCUAGACUUCCAAGCGUCCUGUUGGUCAACGCCGGCGAUCGAUCUGUACUAUCUGCUGAACAACAUCGUACACUACAAGGUGAAGGCAGCGCAUAAGGACGAGCUGAUCACGUUCUAUCACGAUGAGUUUACUGCCACGUUGAAAGCGCUUGGGUUUCUUGGGUACAUCCCGACGAUGCUGGAUCUUCAGAUCGAGCUGCUAAGGAACGGAUUCCUUGACAUCCUACACUACACCUGUUUCCUGCAGUUUAGAUUCUUCGACUUCAGUAAAAUUCCCCCGGAGAAGCUUGCCAGCGGAGCGGUAGGCAAUUUGGGACUGGAGAGCGAAGAGUAUCAGACAUUGAUGAAGUCUCUCAUGCCCACCUACUUACACAAGGGACUUUUGGAGUAUUUAGCCUUCGUCAACUCCGUCUCACGUGAUGGCUUUGGCUCGGGUCCCAUAUUUUUGGACCCUUUAAUAGCAAACAGUUCCGAACUUUCGAUUCACACUUGCUGUUGUGUGGAAGCCAUUUCGCUCAGUGGAAGUCGAUGUACCAGGAUGCAACUCACCGGCAAGGACCCGACGAGCUGGCUGAAUGGCGCCCUGUUCCAGAAAGCACUCGCCCAAUACACCGGCGACCGAUCGCUCGAGGUGGAGGACGUACAUCUGGCGGUGCACGGGAACGUGGCCCAACAGUACGCCAGUACGAUCUAUCGUGCGUGCGUGAGUUACCGGAGCCGUGGCAGGACGGAAACGAUCAAAGUGAUCGUUAAACUGAUCGCCUCGAAGGUGAACAGUUUGGCCGAUGAGCUAACAUUCGAUACGGAGCUGAAGGUGUACCGGGACUAUCUGACGACGAUGAGUGCGCUGCUCGGUGACGGUGUGGCGUCACGCUUUGGACCAAGGCUUAUUUAUUCCGCCAAUGAACCCGUUCCACUGCUGAUGCUGGAGGACUUGACGAGUCAUCAGUUCGUGCAAUGUAGCAAACUGCUUGCCGUGGAAGAUGCAAAGGUGGUACUGGUGAAAUUGGCCCAAUUCCACGCCACUUCGUACAGCCUUACCAACUCCAGUGCGGCAAACACUCUGGACACUCUUAACAACGGCCUGUUCAAGCAGAAGCCCUCGGAGGGCGUCCGGUUUAUGUUGGAAAACUUUACCAUCUUUGCCGAGGAACUGUCCCACUGGGACGGGUACGAAAAGUACGCACAGCGCUUGAAAAAUCUUCAACCAACGUUCAUCGAGCGGGGUGCCUCCAUAUACCGGGCGCGUGGAUUUGGCUACAGUGUACUCAACCAUGGAGAUUUCCACUACAACAACAUGCUGUUCAAACUCGACCCAGAGCAACGUGUGCAGGAUGUAGUUUUCUACGAUUUUCAGCUCAGCUGCUGGACAACACCGGCCGUGGAUCUGCUGUACUUCCUGUACUUUAUCUGCAACCGUGAGACACGUGACACGCAGCGCCAUCACUUGAUUCAGCUGUAUCAUCAGGAGUUUACACGCACCCUGGACACUGUCGGUUUCAUGGGACGGGUGCCCAGUCUGCUCGAUGUGCACUGUGAUCUACAGCGGGCCGGAUUUCUGGAGGUCGUCUUAGCGAUCUGCUUCGUGCCGUUUUUGUUCGCCGACUACAGCCAAACGUUGAAUGUGUACGGGAAUGAGGAGGACGCUCGUGCCUAUCGCCGUCAGCUGUACAAUCGGGAGGAGUAUCGGGAAAUUAUUAAACCACUGCUGCCAUACUUUUUGCACAAAGGAUUCCUAGAGUAGGCACUCUCGGCAACAUAAUAAAGGGACACACAAAUACUACUCCAA